AUGAAUGUGGUGGGCAAAGUUGGAAGCUUGAUAACCCAAGGUGUUUAUUCAGUUGCUACUCCUUUUCAUCCCUUUGGUGGGGCGGUUGAUGUCAUUGUUGUUCAGCAGCCAGAUGGCACGUUUCGGUGCACGCCGUGGUAUGUUCGCUUUGGAAAGUUUCAAGGUGUGCUCAAAGGUGCUGAAAAGGUUGUUCGGAUAAACGUCAAUGGGGUUGAAGCACACUUCCACAUGUAUCUUGACAAUUCGGGAGAGGCUUAUUUUGUAAAAGAGGUGGAUGAUGAAGGUAGUGAUAAAGGAAUAAAGUCAAAUGGAACUGCUGAUAAUUCUGAGUUUAGUCAAGAAGAUGGUGGUGUUGAAAUUGAUCAAAAAAAUAAUACUCAUCUGAGCAUGGAUGAUACACUUGGUCAUAGACUUGACCAUAGCAUAUCUGAUUCAAGGGUUCCUUAUCUCGUGGGUGAAGGCCAUUCCUCGGUUUUGUCACAACUUCAAAGGGCAGAAUCUGAUGUUGAUAGGAGAUUUUAUGAAUUCUCAGAUGAUCAAUCCUCUUUCGAAGGUUCACUUGAUGUUUCAGAAUAUGAGUCUAGUCGAUAUGAGAAUCUAGAUGUGGAGAAUAUGGACCCACAGGGUUCCCAUCCGGAGGUGGUCUUGGUUAGUGUUGAUGGUCAUGUAUUGACGGCUCCUAUCUCAGAAUCAGAGCAGAAUGAGGACAAUGUGCAGUUAAAAAAUCCUCAAUUUCAUUUAGGCCCAGGUGAAGGGACUGACUUCUAUGAAGAUAAUGGUGAACUUAUUUCUGAUGAAAAUGCUUGGACUGCUGAUUAUGUUAGUCCACUGGAUGCUUCAACGGAUGAUGUUUCUGCUAGUAGUUAUGACACUAAGGUUGGUGAUGAUACUUCUGGGCUCCUGUUGGAAACUCAAAGAAAGGAGGAAAAAAAUUGUUGGACUAAGGAAACCAUAGUGAUUAAAAGUCAAGAAGAUCAUCAUUUGCACACUGAUUCAGAAGACGUUGUAUCUUGUAUAAAGACAGAGAGUGUCUUAACAAAUUGUUUGGAAUUACACCAGUUUGCUCAGCAGGCUGGAAAUGCUGAUUUACAAAAUGUGGGUUCUUCAUUGGAGGAUCGAAAUUCAGCAGAGGAAUCUAAUGCAAACUGUUCAAUUACUGAUGAAAACGGACAAGAAAACAUUCCGGCUGAUUCACAAGGGGUAGGGUCUUUGCUGGAGGGUAGAAAUUCAGCAGAGGAAUCCAAUGCAAAUGGUUCAAUUACUGAUAGUUGUGAACAAGAAAACAUCAAACAAUGUAGAAAAAUUAAUGGGUUAUAUCCCCUUAGUGGACUUUCUUCCUUGGAUGACCAUAGUUCUCCAGAAUUAGAAGUAGAACCUGGAGAGGUUGAUAAAGAUGCAUCAGUAGAAGUUGACACUGGUUCUGGCAGUCAUUCUGGUAUUAAGGAUAUUAUUGAAUGUAAUGGUGAACAUGUUGGAGAGUCAGUAUCAAAUGGUCACGUAGUUGAUAGUCAACUAAGUUCUGCACUUGAAGAUGCCUGUAAGAAUAGUGAACUAACUGAACCUCAAACAGCAACUUCCGAAGAGGGGGACCAAAGUCAUUCUGCUUUAAGAUUUGAGGCCUCACUUUGUGGUCAUGAACUUAAGGUGGGUAUGGGUUUGGAAGCUGCUGCUAAGGUUUUUGAAGCGCAUCGUAUAUCUGCAGAGGAAUUUAGAAGGUCUGCACCAUCCAUAAUUAAGAAUGACAAUCUAGUUCUGAAGUCCAGAGAGAUGUAUCUGCGGUGGGAAAAGGCUGCUCCCCUUGUCCUUGGAAUGACUGUAUUUGGUUUAGACUUACCUGUUGAUCCCAAAGAUACAAUUCUGGUGGGACAGGAUGACACAGUGAAGACUACAAAUGAAGAUCCUGGGUCAGCUUCUCGCAGAUGGAGACUUUGGCCUAUUCCUUUUCGAAGAGUCAAGACAAUUGAGCACACUGAUAGUUCAUCAAAAGAGGAUGUAUUUGUAGAUUCUGCGUCUGAUUGGCAGACUUCUGGUGUCGAACCAUCUCCAACAUCUACUAGGCAUGAGUCUCCUCGCAAGCAAUUCGUGAGGACAAAUGUUCCCUCAAAUGAGAUGAUCGCGUCCUUAAAUCUCAAGGAUGGUCAGAAUUUGGUAACCUUCAGUUUCUCUUCCAGGGUUCUUGGAAAACAGCAGGUUGAUGCUCAUAUUUACUUAUGGAAGUGGAAUGCAAGAAUUGUAAUUUCAGAUGUAGAUGGAACUAUUACCAAAUCUGACGUUUUGGGGCAGGUCAUGCCUUUAGUUGGCAGAGAUUGGACACAGUCUGGAGUUGCAAGGCUUUUCUCAGCUAUUAAAUUUUCUGCUUUGGAAUAUAGUAUGGAUGCAGAUGCAUGUGGUGGGUAUGACCUGACCUUUUUCUAUGAAAAUGGAUACCAGCUACUGUUUUUGAGUGCCCGUGCUAUUGUCCAAGCUUAUCUAACCAGGAACUUUUUGGUUAACCUGAAACAGGAUGGCAAGAACUUACCAAAUGGACCUGUUGUUAUUUCUCCUGACGGAUUAUUUCCCUCCCUUUACCGAGAAGACUUGUAUACUGUUGGCAAUAAUCACCAAAGUGUGCUAGACAGUAAACAGUAUGGUGGGCAAACACAUGGAAUCUAUCGUGAUUAUGGGACAGAUAAAAAUCAAUAUGGGUUUGGAGUUCGGACUGACUUAAGUGGCUACGUAUAUCUUGGGCUUGGGCUUAUGGCACCUCAUGAGUUCAAGAUUGCUUGUCUAGAGGAUAUCAGAAGACUUUUCCCUUCUGAUUAUAAUCCGUUCUAUGCGGGGUUUGGCAAUAGAGACACGGAUGAACUUAGUUACAGGAAGAUUGGAAUCCCGAAGGGCAAGAUAUUUAUCAUCAAUCCCAAGGGUGAGGUCGCAACAAGUCACCGUAUUGAUUCAAAAUCUUACACAUCAUUACACACACUGGUUAAUGACAUGUUCCCUCCCACUUCUAUGGUUGAGCAGGAGGACUUCAACUCAUGGAAUUAUUGGAGACUGCCUUUACCAGACGUCGAUUAG